AUACAUAGCUAAAAACGAAGUACAGUGCAACGCCAUAAUUCACUAAUACAUCAUAAAUCGUUGAAAGUACCAGCGUUAUAACGACCCAGAGAAAUCUAACAAAUCAAGCGCCCCUUAGUACUCAACUAUAAACCUGCAAGUCUCUAAAACAACCUAAAUGAGCUCUUAUUUUGUAAACUCGUUCUCGGGGCGCUACCCAAAUGGCCCCGAAUAUCAACUGCUAAAUUAUGGAGGCAGCAGCGGCGCAAUGAACGGCGGGACGUACAGGGAUUCUUCCUCCGCCACCAUGCACCCUGCGACGGGCUCUUACGGCUACAGCUACAAUGGCAUGGACCUGACCGUCACUAACCGGGGAGGGGGAACCAACAGUACCGCCAACGCUGGAGGACACUUCGGGGGCGGCUCAGUUGGUGGGGACUCGCGGGGUUUUGGCUCCCCGGCCCCGGACAGGGGGUUCAGACAGCCAUCUAGCUGCUCCCUCGCCUCUGCGGCGGACUCCCUGCUGUCAACCGGCAACGAAAGCACAAAACUGGGCGCCCGGAGUUCGUCUCCUCGCUCGGAUCAAGCAGGAAGCGGUAAUCUCAGCUCACCAAACCUGUCCUCCGCCUCCUCCACCGGCGGUGGCGGCACAGUGCAGCGUUUCACCGAACUGGAUGACGCGUCACCAGAGACCGAGGACUUGCAGCAUAACCGGGACACCAGUCACGCCAGCAAUCCGCCACCCAGGACCGGGCAUAAGCAGGAGGGCGGUCCGACGGGAUCAGCCGCUGGCAACACUGGCAGUGAGGCGCAGACACCACAGAUAUUCCCCUGGAUGAGAAAGCUACACAUUAGUCAUGAUAUGACGGGCCCCGACGGGAAACGGGCACGAACGGCGUACACCCGCUAUCAGACUCUCGAGCUGGAGAAGGAGUUCCACUUCAACCGGUACCUCACGCGGCGGAGGCGGAUAGAGAUCGCGCACGCACUCUGCCUCACGGAGCGGCAGAUUAAAAUCUGGUUUCAGAACCGGAGGAUGAAGUGGAAGAAGGACAACAAAUUGAAAAGCAUGAGCCUCGCCACUGCUGGCAGCGCCUUCCAACCCUAGAAAUAUCUUUGUUUUAAACCAGAAUCUGUCUUCGUCCAUCUCUUUAGAGAUGAUACUACCAUGUACACGCUUCCCUGGAGGAGGGAAGAAACAAACCAGAAAUUAAAAAAUACUUGAAGAAAACAACAAAAGAGAGGCCAGCAAAAGAAGAAGACGAAGAAAAAAUAUUCCAAAAUGUAAUCAGAAACACUUAAGAGUACUGUACAGAAGUGCAGCACUUUUCAUUUGUUCGGUAUGUCGGUCUUUGGUGUUUUAGGGCAACGUAAAAAAAGAAUCAUGACUGUGGUACUUGCUCUUGUAACAAAAAAAUUGUUUCUUUAUGUUGUCCUCUUUUAAAAAAGGAGGGGAGUCACGGAUAAAUAUGCUACCUACCUUAUGUCCUACUUACAACAUUGCUACCUACCUAUUGUUUAAUGUCUACGUAUCGUUUUAUGUGUCAAGUGUGAAUUUUUGUAACUGACCAAGUGCUUUCUAGAAAAGUUAGCAUGUGAGCGUUUAUUGUAAGUUAUUUACAUCCAGUAAGGCACGUAUACCCUCGCCUACCCCAAACCCACUAUACUCGCUGUCUUACCAUUAAAUUGUGCGCUAUUUUGAAGCAGAAAAGGUGUGUGUGUGUGUGUGUGUGUGUGCGCGCGCGUGUACGUGUGUACGAGUUUGAAACUUAAAAAAAAAUCACUUUGCCUGUAUCUGUUUAUCCAUCCAAAAAGUUGUGUACAGCUCUACUAUUCAAAAAAGCGGAACUGUAUUAUAUUGUUAUUAUAAUUGUAAUUAUCGGUUCUAUGCUUCUCAAAUUAUGUAUAUAGAUAUAUAUAUAUUGACAUUUUUAAAUGUGACCAGUUGGCUAUUUGUAGGUGCAGUGUGCGAGUUCGUGUUUAUAUGAGUGUGUGUGUGUGUGGCUAAUGGCUACCGUCCAUUAAGGCCUGUAACCUGUCUGCCAGUGAGCUUUUUGUAUUUGUUUGUAGCUUCAAGUAAACAAACUAAAACAAAAAAAGCAAACAAGAAACCCAAUAAAGUUCAUUGUACUCAUUAAACAGAAAGACUGAAGCAACUGCUCAUAAUAGAAACAGUUCCACAAACAGCUUAAGGGGAAUCUAGAUUGAUACCGGCUUUGUGUGUGUGUCUGUGAGUGUGUGUGUGUGUGUGU